CCCAUAGUAUAAACUAUAAACCCUUCCUUAGUUCCUUCAAUCACGCGCUUACACAGUUACGCACCUCUCUCUCCAUCUCUCUCAUUCGAAAAAUGCACCGACAAUCGCUAGGCUCACCAAACUCAAAGCUCCACACUAAUGGAGUCCUCAUCGCACCUAAUGAUAUAAUCGAACUCACCGCAGAUGACCUCAAAACAAAGCACCAGCUAUCUUCUCAGCUCGUCGCCGGUGACGACGACGAAGAGCUCCGCAAGUCACAGAAGCCACAGAAAUCACCUGAAAAGCUUAUCCAUAUCAUCCCGAUGCUCAUCAUCUUCUGCUUCCUCAUCCUCUAUCUUACUUCUCACGAUCCUUCUCAAGGUGUUAAUAAUUUGAAAGGCUUCAAACGGAAUUCAAAGCCCGUAGAAAUAUCGUCGGAGAUUGAUGAUUUGAGAGGAGUGUCGGCGAUUGAGAAAAGCGGCGUUUUGGCGGUUCGGAGCUUGCAGGAGGAGGAGAUUUAUGAGAUGAAACGCAGCCGAAUUAAUCGGAAACUCGGUGAUUUCUAUUGUUUAAUUUUAAAGGAUGAAUUUGUAGAAGAGGCCGAGAGGGUGGAGAAGCGCCGGAUUUCAUUAGAUGUGGCAUUGAUGAUUGGAGUCCAGCUGUGUACUAUCCGACCGUUACUGCCACCCAGACUGCCAGCUGUAAAUUAGUGGUGCAGAAUUCAACUGUCCUCUUCCCUUUGACCAAGUGUAGUCAGUAAUUAAAUAUCGUAUGGUAUUGGUGUUUAUAUAAGUUCAUAUGGUAUGAAAUUGCUGCAUUCAUCUUGUUCCAUAUGUGGUUCCCUGGUUAGUGGUUCCUCCAGUUCUGUUGGUUAAUACUUGUUUGCAUCUAUCGAAAAGUUGUCACCGGACCAGAGAUAACAGUCCAGAGUUCUAGUCUUCUGAGUAUUUAGGGAUUGUUUGGGUUAAUUUAAAUUAUUAUUAUUA